AUGGGAUGUGGGUCAUCCAAGCCGCCGCCGGAAGAGCCACCACCACCGCCCAAGCCCAAGAAGAAGCCGCCCAAGCCGAGCAAGGUCAAGGUGGCUCGAGAGGCAGCGGCAGCCGAGGAGGAAGCCGGAACGAGUGCGAAUGAGCCAUCCGAGGAUGCGACCAUGAAGUCGGUGGCCAAGGCCAUUCUGGAAGCAACUCGGGAUAUGGGUCCGUGGAAGCCAUCCGAUCUGACCGCCGGUCUCUACUUUCUCCGCAAGGCCCACAUGCGCAAGGCGGAGGAGGCCGUGGCCUCGGGCGAGCAUCCGUAUCUCAAGGAGAAGCCCAUCAAGGACAAGGCUCUGGUCAAGCACAUGCUCUACUGGUCGCGCGUCAUCCUCGCCACGUACUCAGGCUCGGAUGAGGCCGUUGUCGAGGCUCUCGGAUGGAGCGCCGAUGACAUUGUCCGCUCCGAUUGGACCUCGCAAAAGUCCCGCCCGGCCUACUUUCUCGCCCUCGAUCACGACAAACAGAAGGUGGUUGUCGGCAUCCGCGGCACCGCCUCGGCAGCAGACGCCAUCACAGACGCUGCCGCUGCUCUUGAGCCGUGCCUCACCGGCAAGGCCCAUCGCGGCAUCUACACCGCCGCCUCGUGGUUCAUGAACAACAUCCUCGACGACAUCUACGCCCUCCUCAAUGAUCACGACGGGUACUCGGUCAUGACUGUCGGUCACUCGCUCGGCGGUGGAACAGCGGCUCUUCUUGCCAUUCUGCUCAAGGAGGAAGAGUUUAUGGACGUCGAGUCGUUUGUCCUUGCCCCGGCUUGUGCCGUCUCGCUCGACCUCGCCGAGGCUGCCGCAGACUACGUCACCACCGUUGUCCACGCCGACGACUGCGUCCCACGCGCCUCCACCCGGGCACUCAUCAACCUCCGUCAAGAGGUCAAGGACUCGCCGUGGAAGCAGGAGGCCCUGGCGGCCGCCAAGGAGACCCGAGCCGGCAAGGCCCUGGCCGGCGCCGCCUCGCGCGCCGGCGAGUCGUCCGCCGGCAAGUCUGCCGCUCGCGGAGGUAAGGCUGCAGGCAAGGCCGCAAGCCGUGGCACCAAGGCCGCAGGCAAGGCUGCCGGCCGCCUUGCCGGUGCCGUUCGCCCGCGCGGCGGGCCGCGGCCUGACGACGACGACGACGACCUCGAAGACGACGAGGUGACCAAUCUCUUCCCGCCCGGCAAGACUCCAUCAGGUGCCCAAUGA